AUGGAGUGCCCCGCGUGCCGGCGCGGACGCGGGCCCCGGGACCGGUUCUGCAGCGAGUGCGGGAGCCGCCUGCGCCCCGCGGCCCCCGACGCAGAUUCUGAGGCCAAAAUCCCUGAGGAUGUUGCCACCGUCCCAGAGGGAGACAUGGAGACUGGAGAAGCGCUCAAGGCCGAGGAGACCCAGGACCUGUCCCUUAGCUCUGGUGACUGGCAAGGAAACUCUGAGGAACCCAGUUCCGCCGCCGCCUCCUGGAUCAUGGUCCAGAAUGUGAGAAACUCUGAGGAACCCAGUUCCGACGCCUCGUGGAUCAUAGUCCAGAGUAAGAAGAAGAAGACCAAGAAGAAGAAGGGCUCCACUUCCUCGGAGCUGGACUGGGAGCCGGACGCCUUCCCCCCGGCCCCCUCGGGGCUCUCCAGUUCAGCUGCUGACCCCGGGUCCCAGGUCCCAGGCCUGUCCCAAAGCCCUGUCCAACCGGCCAGCCCACGCGGCCGGCCCCUGGGCGCAGGGCCAGAGGGAGACGGCCCUGCCACGCGUGCCCGGCCUGGCAGCAGCCCUCCGUGGGCUCCGCCGGUGGGAGAGCCAGGGGGCACUGCAACAGAGACAGCUCCCAGCCGCCCUGUGCCCCAGCACGGCGCAGAAGCGGGGGGUCACAAGCCCUCCGUGACCUCUGGGGACACAGGCCUCUCCCAGGCGGGGCUCAGCACAGCCUCCUCGGCCGCCCAGAGCGGCCCCCGGGCCUCAGAGCCCCAAGGGGCCGGCUCCGCACCCAGGGCCGAAGGGCAGACGGCCACGCGGCAGGUGGACAUGCAGCAGGAAGACGCCCUGGCCUCGGCCCCGGGGGGCUCACGGCUACGGGGUCUUCGCUCCUCCCAGCCACCUGGUGCCCCGGCAGAGCCAGCCAGCCCCGUCACGGAGGCUCGGACGGCAAAGCAACUGCCACACAGCACCCCUGCCUCCCAGGGACCCCACCAGGAAGCUAAGACCAAGGGCCCGGCGGCUGUUCCUGGGAACGUGGGUGAAAACAGGAGUGGGAAGCCAGAAGACAAGGAGCCAGGAGACGGGAAGAAGCCGGAGGGGAGGAAGCAGGAGGAAGGGAAGAAGCUGGAAGGGAGGAAGCCGGAGGAAGGGAAGAAGCUGGAAGGGAGGAAGCCGGAAGAAGGGAAGAAGCUGGAAGGGAGGAAGCCGGAGGAAGGGAAGCAGCCAGAGGGGAGGAAGCUGGAGGAAGGGAAGAAGCCAGAGGAAGGGAAGCAGCCGGAGAGGAGGAAGCCGGAAGAAGGGAAGAAGCCGGAAGGGAGUAAGCUGGAAGGGAGUAAGCCGGAAGAAGGGAGGAAGCAUGAGGGGAGGAAGCUCGAAGAAGGGAAGCAGCCGGAGAAGAGGAAGCCGGAGGUAGAGCCGAAGCCGGAGGACAGGAAGCUGGAAGGAAGCAACAGAAAACAUGCAGCUGCUGUGAAAAAUGAGAGGGAGCAGAGAAACCAGACCACCGCAGUGCCAAGGGCUUUGACCAGCGCCCUGAGCCCUGGAGAAGGGGUCACGGUCUACUUCCACGCUAUUCUUUCUAAUCACUUUGGAUUCAAGCCGGACGCCCAUAAAGUAUUCAUCAGAGGAGGAAAAGGGCUGGGGAAGCCGGCGUGGGAGAAUGCGUGCCAGCUACACUACACCAAGGACUUGGGGGAGCAUGGGUCUCUGGUGGAGGGCAGCCUGGUCAUCCCCAGGCAGAGCCUGGACACCUCCAUCCCGUACAAGUACGUCGUUGACCGAGGUGGCAAGAGCUCCGUGGAAUACGAGUACAUCUACAAGUCUCCAAAGAAGAGCCAGUAUGUGAACCGCUGCCUGCGUGUGCGGUCCACCCUCCUGGGCUCGGGAGACUGGCACCAGUACGAUGACAUCGUGUGCACGAACCCUACGUGGGUGAGGAAGACCGUAAACCUGGUCAUAGACCAGUCUCAGAAGGAGCUGGUGCGGGGGAAGCAGAUCGCGGCCGCCGUCAUGCUGGACCGCGUCCUCAGCAUCCUGCAGACCUGGAGCCUGGUCAACCUGCAGAGCUUCUUCACCCAGUUCCAGCAGUUUUUCUCCGUCGUCCGGGUGUCUAUGGUGUAUGAGGAGGCGCCGGAGCCCUGGACUUCGCUGCAGUAUGAUGAGUGGGAGGUGAAGAAACACCUGUGGGAAUGUUUGGAGAGGCAGAUGAAACCAUUUCUAGAAGAAAGGAGCAAAGACUCACUGCCCCAAGACUUACCGGUGCAGAGAAGACUUAGGAUGGGCCUGAUCGUGCUUUUCCAAGUGAAAACCAUGAACUUGACCUUGGCCAAGAGUGACCUGGCCUUGCUCUGCCAGCUCCUUGUCCCCACCGACUCCUCCCUAGAGGCCCUUCGCAACGACCUGCAGCACAUUCUUGACACAUUCCCGAGGUGGCAGGACUGGCUGCAGAACCUGUGCAAGAGGUGUGUGGAGGAGAAGGUGGUCUGUGGGCUGGGCAUCCUGCCUGUCCUGCACUACGUCAUGCAGCUGUCGCCGCCCAGAAGGGACGUCCUGAGCCAGUCGGAGGAGACCUGGGCGGCCCUCAGAGGGAUCCCCUUCCCGCAGCCUUGGGACCACGACGACUAUCAGAAACAUAUGCUUUGGUUCACAGUGAACCACAAAUACCUGCUGCAGGUGGACGCGUACCUCUUCCGAUCCUGGUUCAGUCUGCUGCCUCUGGGAAAGCUGGCUGACUACAUGGGAGACACCAUUGAGUACCUGACUCAGGAGCCAGCUCAAGUCUUCGACUGUUUGGUGGGGGCGCAUUACCAGCUGCAAAGACUCCGAGAGAUCGCUCCCCUGAACAUGAAGGAUGUCAAGGCUGUUUUGAAUAUGCUGUUGAACCUCCUGGACAUUUAUCAGCACUCGGCUCUUGGGCAGACCCCCUCCCAGUCCUCCUUGGCUGUGGGCCUGCAGCUCCACCGCAUCGUCUGCCAGAAGACCAAGCUGCGGAAUUUGUUCGAGAUACCCACCUUGUCCGCUCAGAUCCUCUCUGUCAUUGUGUCGCUUGUGGCGGACCAGGUGACGGGGGAAGAAGCUGAAGCCACCAGUGUCUCCGUGACAACAGCAAUCCAGCAAGCCCUGGACACCACCAGGCUCUGGCUGAGCCAGGCAUUCGUAUGCAAAAUGUUACAGGAACAGGGAUGGGGAUCCGAGGUGCAGUUCGCUUACCCCAACGAGCUAGAAAUAUGGCAGCGGCUGGUGGACAUCGACUUUCCUGAGGAGUACGGCUGGAAGGACGCACUGCUGACGCUCAUGGAGGAGAGGCUCAAGCAGGAGCGGCCACUCUUCCAGAUUGCCAUCUUCUGUAAAACUCGUUGGGACGACGCUGUGGGCAAUGACAGCGUGGCCAGGAGCUUCGAGAAGUGCGCCAUCGAGGCCGUGAGCGCCGCCUCUCAGCUGCACACGAGCAUCCUUACGGGUCUCUCUUGUCGGGAUCAGCGGAGAUUUGGAGUCCUCGUGUCUGCCGUGAUCACCAAGUCAUGGCCCAAGAACGGUGGGACACCCACUGAGGACCUGGAUAAGAUUUUGAAGCACCUGCUCACAUGGCCAGACGCAAAGCGGGUCUUCAGCUUGUACGGGACUAACAAGAGAAUAUUAGACCACACCACAGAUGAGAGCCGGAGGCUCUUUGACGCCGCGGAUGCUGCAUUCAGAAGGGUCGUGGGUGACCUCGUGGAUGGCACCAUUGUGGUCCGACAGCUGGAGCUGAUCAUCAGGCACGAGCAGGAGUUCCUUGGCAUCUGUGGGCUAAAGAAAGCAGAUCUUGUAUUCCAGCAGAACAAGUGGGACAUGAAGGAAAUGCUGCACUGGAGAAAGGCCGAGCUGCAGGCUCUCCAGCAGGAGAGGCAGCGUGUGGACAGCCUGCUGAAGCUGUGUGAGAGGCUGAGGCCCUUUGUGCAAGUGGACUUUGGAGAGAUAGAAGAAAGGCACUGGAUGGACCUGAGCAGCAAGAGACUGGAUGAAGUUGUGACCGUGACUCCGCCCUCCGCCUCCUUCUCCAAGCCAAAGACUCAUUACCACCUGCAGCCGGAGGUCCAGGAGAUGGUGGCGCAGAUAGACCUGCUGAAGGACAGCCACGUCUUCCACACACUGUGGGACACUGCGUCAGAGCAGCUGAACAGCCUGGACCAGGAGUCGGAGAAGCCCAUGGUUCUGCUCACCCUGGUGCAGGAGCAUCUGUACUCUCCCUGCUACCAGAGGCUCACCAAGCUCUACCGGGACCUGAAGUCGGCAGACAUCACCUUCCAGGAGAUCAGAGACAUUUUCAAGGACUUUGUAGGUAAAUACGAUGACCUGACGGCUGACCUGAAGGUCAUGUGCACGGUGGAGCCCGAGGCCUCUCAGGACUGGAUUCCGGAGCGGGUCGAACAGAUCAAAGAAUACCACAGCCUGCACCAGGCCGCCAGCGCCGCCAGGGUCAUCUGGCAGGUCCGCGAGAACUUGGAAUUGACGGGCGACUUCAGUGUUCUCUCUACUUUGUUAAGCUUUAGCGAGGACAUCGAGACCUACCACAAUGAGAAACUGGCCCAGAUCAGCCCAGAGCUCAUCCACACCAAGCAGCUGCUGGCCGACAUCAACGAGCGCCGCCGCCGCUGCCUGGAGGAGCUGUGUCUGCAGAUGGAGCUGGUCCGCUGGCUGCGAGAGGCGCUGGGAGGCAUCCACGAGCUCAAGGUGUUUGUGGACCUGGCCUCCAUCUCAGCCGGGGAGAAUGACAUGGACGUGGACCGGGUGGCCUGCUUCCACGACGCCGUGCAGGGCUACGCUUCCCUGCUGUACAAGCUGGACCCCGGGGCAGGCUUCCGGGAGGUCCAGCAGCAGCUGGGAGAACUGUGGAAGGCUCUGGACAACGACCCAUGCCUACCCAACAAGCUGAGAGACUCCGCCAGGAACUUGGCAUGGCUGAAGACGGUGAAGGAGAGCCACGGCUCAGUGGAGCUGUCCUCGCUGUCCCUGGCCACGGCCAUCAACAGCCGGGGAAUCUAUGUGAUUGAGGCGCCCCGAGGAGAUGGGAAGGUGAGCAUGGAUGCCGUGCUGCGCCUGCUCCUCCCUGAGGGCCACGGCGGCACGGAGACCGUGCGCGACUACUCCCUGGAGGAGCUGAAGGAACUUCUGAACAAGCUGAUGCUGAUGUCUGGCAAGAAAGACCACAACCACGUGGAGCUGGAGAAGUUCUCUGAGGUAUUCUGCAGCGUCCAGCGGCUUGUCCAGGCCUUCAUCAACCUGUACUCUGCUGGAAACAUGCUGUUCAGGACCUGGAUGGUAGAGAUCUACUGCAGCCCCAGGAAGGGUGUCUGCGUGCGCAUGGACUUGGGCCUGGAGCUGGUGGACCAGCUGGCAGAGCACGGAGACGUCCUCGCGUGCCUGGAAGCCCUCUGCAGGCAGAUGGAGACGUUCCUGCGCCAGUGGAAGGAGGAAGUGAAACAGAAGCGAACAGAGCACUUUUACCUCAACUUCUACACGGCAGAGCAACUGGUCUACCUGAGCACCGAGCUCAGGAAGCCGAGUCCCAGCACCGCCGCGCUGAUGAUGCUGUCCUUCAUCCUAGACGGCUGCACAGCCAGCGAUAUCCUCCGCGCUACAGAGGCGUGCGUGGAUAAGGUUACCAGAGACCGGGAGACCAGAGCGAGGACAGCUCUCCCUCUGUUGCUCAAACUCAUGCCUGGCCUGGUGCCCAAGCUGAAGAUCAUCAUGGAAAAGUCCAUCAUGUGCAUCAGUGCCCUUCUGCCCGGGUGCUUGGACCUGGAGGCCCUUGGCUGCUGUCUGGCAGAGCUGGCCAGGCGGAAUGGACCUCCCGUGGAACGCACCCUGCCCAGGGGCCUGCGUGUCGGCCGGCCCAACCUGGUCUUGUGUGGUCACUCCGACGUGCUGCCCGCCGCCCUGGCCCUCUACAUGCAGGACCCACACCAGCCCCUGCCCACCUUCGACGAGGUGCUGGUGUGCACGCCGCAGACCGAGCUCGAGGAGGUGGCGCUGCUGCUGCGCCGCUGCCUCACCCCAGGCUCCCAGGACCACAAGGUCUACAGCCUGCUGUUUGCCGACCAGCUGAGCUACGAGGUGGGCUCCCAGGCCGAGGAGCUCUUCCAGGACCUGUGCAAGCGCGUCCACCGCGAAGACUACCGGCUGGUGCUGGUGUGCGACACUGAGCGGGAGCACUGCUACCUCCCCUCCGCCUUCAGCCAGCACAAGGUCCUCCUCGUCCCGCAGGCUCCGCUCAAGGACAUCCAGGCCUACCUGGGGGACCAUUUCCAGGUCCCGGAGCAGACCCCGUCGGCCGCGGCUGUGUUUGGAGACCGGCUGUGUGUUGGGCUGGUGACUUCGGAAAGGGCGGGUGUCGGAAAGUCUCUCUACGUGAAGAGGUUACAUGGGAAACUGAGAAAGAAGUUAAACCAUCAAAAAGUGCCUUUAAAAACCAUUCGGCUGACUGAGCCUCGGGUGGAUGAGAGCUACGUGCUGAGCUCCCUCCUGCCCUUCCUGACCGAGAGAGAUCAGCAGACGCCUGUGAUAUUCCACCUGGACGUGACCAGCUCUGUAAAGACUGGCAUUUGGGUGUUCCUUUUCAAACUCCUCAUUUUACAAUACCUCAUGGACGUGAGGGGGAAGAUAUGGCUGCGGAACCCCUGCCACUUAUACAUCGUGGAAAUCCAGAAGGGCAGCUCAGAGCAGCCUGAGCGGUCUUCUAAGCUGAAUUCGCAUGUCCCUCCAUUCAGAUUUCUUGACGUCUUCCCCACGGUCACCUGCAGACCUCCCAAGGAGGUGAUCGACAUGGGGCUGAGUCCACAGCGGAGGCUCAGAGAGCCCGGGAUGGACAGGAAGGAGUUCCGCAGCACAGCGUUCCAGAGACCUUUCCAGUACCUGAAACGCUUCCACCAAAAGGAAAACCUAGACUGGUUUGAGUACCAAGAAGGCUCCGUGGAAGGCACCCCGGAGGAGUGCAUCCAGCACCUCCUCAUUUACUGUGGAGUGGUGAACCCGUCCUGGUCCGAGCUGAGGAAUUUUGCUCAUUUCUUGAACUGUCAGCUGCAGGACUGUGAGAACUCGCUCUUCUGCAAGCCGGAUUUCAUCGGCGACACUCUGAGGGGUUUCAAAAACUUCGUGGUCACCUUCAUGAUCCUGAUGGCGAGGGAUUUCGCCACCCCAACGCUUCACACCUCCGACCAGAGCCCCGGGGGUCACUUGAUCACCAUGGACGGGGUUGCGGAGGAAGAUCUGGCUCCCUUCUCUCUCCGGAAGAGGUGGGAGUUGGAGCCCCACCCGUAUGUCUUCUUCAACGGCGACCGCACAACCAUGACCUUCAUUGGCUUCCACCUCCAACCCAAGAAUAACGGCUUUGUGGACGCCAUCAAUCACCAGACCCAGCAGGUGAUCAAGAGCGACGUCAUGACGACCGAGCUGUACCAGGGGCUCUUGCUUCAGCGGGUCCCCUUCAACAUCGACUUCGACAGCCUACCCAGACACGAGAAACUGGAACGCCUCUGCCUGGCGCUGGGGAUUCAGUGGGCCACCGACCCCGACGAGACCUACGAGCUCACGACAGACAACAUGCUCAAGAUCCUGGCCAUCGAAAUGCGGUUCCGGUGUGGGAUCCCCGUGAUCAUCAUGGGAGAGACAGGCUGCGGGAAAACCAGGCUCAUUAAGUUCCUCAGUGACCUGCGACGUGGCGGUGUCCCUGCCGAAACGAUGCAGUUGGUGAAGGUCCACGGGGGCACGACCGCAGCCACCAUCUACUCCAAAGUCUGGGAGACGCAGGAGCUCGCCAUCGAGAAUCAGGAGCAGCACCAGUUGGACACCAUCUUGUUCUUUGAUGAAGCCAACACAACAGAAGCCAUCAGCUGCAUCAAAGAAGUCCUGUGCGACCGGACGGUGGACGGGCAGCCCUUGGAGGAGGACUCGGGCUUGCAGAUCAUCGCCGCCUGCAACCCUUACCGGAAGCACUCGGAGGAGGCGAUCAGCCGCCUGGAGGCGGCAGGCUUGGGGUACCGGGUCAGGGCCGAGGAGACAGCGGAGAGGCUGGGGUCCAUCCCCCUCAGGCAGCUGGUGUACCGGGUCCACGCGCUGCCCCCGAGCCUCAUUCCUCUGGUGUGGGACUUUGGGCAGCUGAACGACACAGCGGAGAAGUUGUACAUCCGGCAGAUCGUCCAGAGACUGGUUAGUUGCAUGGAGGUGGAGGAGCCGGACACACAGGUGAUCGCAGGCGUGCUGGCCGCCUCGCAGGCCUUCAUGAGGAAGAAGGAGACCGAAUGCAGUUUUGUCAGCCUGAGGGAUGUGGAGCGCUGCGUGAAGGUUUUCAAGUGGUUUCACGACCACAGCGAGAUGCUCUUGGCCAAGCUGGAUGCCUCUCCCUGCGAGUCCCACAUCAGCGACGGUAACUUCGACAGAAAUCCCACGCUCUGGUCUCUGGUUAUGGCCAUUGGGAUAUGUUACCACGCCUCUUUAGAAGACAAGGAAUCAUACCGGAAAGCCGUCUGUCCCUGCUUCCCCGAGCCCUACGAUGACAGCCGGGUCAUCCUGGAGGAGAUCACUCGCACGCAGGACCUUUUUCUGAACGGGGUGCCACUCAGGAAGACCAUCGCCAAGAACCUGGCGUUGAAGGAGAAUGUCUUCAUGAUGAUCGUCUGCAUCGAGCUCCGGAUCCCGCUCUUUCUAGUGGGAAAGCCGGGCAGCUCCAAGUCUCUGGCCAAGACCAUCGUGGCGGACGCCAUGCAGGGCCAGGCCGCGCACUCCGAGCUGUUCCGCAGCCUGAAGCAGGUGCACCUGGUGUCCUUCCAGUGCAGCCCCCACUCCACCCCCCAAGGCAUCAUCGGCACCUUCAAGCAGUGCGCCCGCUUCCAGCAGGGCAAGGACCUGCAGCACUACGUCUCCGUGGUGGUGCUGGACGAGGUGGGGCUGGCGGAGGACUCCCCCCAGAUGCCCCUGAAGACGCUGCACCCCCUGCUGGAAGACGGGUGCAUCGAGGACGACCCGUCCCCACACAAGAAAGUCGGCUUCGUGGGCAUCUCCAACUGGGCCCUGGAUCCCGCCAAGAUGAACCGCGGGAUCUUUGUGUCUCGCAGCCGUCCCAACGAGCGGGAGCUCAUCGAGAGCGCCCGGGGCAUCUGCUCCUCCGACCCCAUGGUUCAGCGCAGAAUCCAGGGGUACUUCACACCCUUUGCCAGGGCCUACGAAGCCGUGUGCCGGAGACAGGACAAGGAGUUCUUCGGGCUCCGCGACUACUACAGCCUCAUCAAGAUGGUCUUCGCCACGGCCAAGGCCUCCAGCAGGAAGCCUUCGGAGCGGGGCAUCGCGCAUGCCAUCCUGCGGAACUUCAGCGGCAAAGACGACAUCCCGGCCCUGGACAUCUUCACGGCCAGCAUCCCGGAGGCCAGGUACAUGGACAGAGUCAGCACCGUCGAGCUGAUCAGGCAGAACAUCUUCGGGGGCCCCGAGAGGGCAGCCGGCGAAGACCCCGACCACGACGCCGAGGCCCGCUACCUCCUGGUGCUGACCAAGAACUACGCAGCCCUGCCCAUCCUGCAGCAGAUGCUCAGCGCGGGGGCCCAGCAGCCCGAGAUCAUUUUUGGCUCGAGUUUCCCCCAGGACCAGGAAUACAGCCAGAUCUGCAGGAACAUCAACCGGGUGAAGAUCUGCAUGGAGACCGGCCGCACGGUGGUGCUGCUGAACCUGCAGAACCUGUACGAGAGCCUGUACGAUGCACUCAACCAGUACUACGUCUACCUCGGGGGCCAGAAGUAUGUGGACCUCGGCCUGGGUACCCACCGCGUCAAGUGUCGGGUCCACGCGGACUUCCGUCUCAUCGUCAUCGAGGAGAAAGACGUGGUGUACACGCAGUUCCCCGUGCCCCUCAUCAACCGGCUGGAGAAGCACUACUUGGAUAUCCGCACCAUGCUGGAGGACAGGCAGAGGGGCAUCGUGCAGGAGCUGGCCAAGUGGGCGCGGGACUUCGCCGAGGUGAAAACCCAGCAGUUCACGGCCGGGCACAGGUACCGCGCCGAGGACGUCUUCGUUGGCUACCACGCAGACGCCUGUGGUGCCGCCGUGCUGCAGGCCAUGGACAGGCAGGGCCCCGGGGAGCUGUCCACCGAGGAGACGUCCGACAGGGUGCUGGAGGCCGCCAAGCUGAUCCUGCUGGACUGUGCCACGCCGGACGCCGUGGUCCGGCUGAGCGCCUCCGCGCUGGGCGCGCACACUGCCCGGCAGCUGGCAGGGAGUUACUACCACGCGCAACAGCACGACUCCUUCGCAGACUUCCUGCAGGCUCACCUGCGCGCCCCACAUCCGGAGCGCCACGCCGUCCUCACAGAGGUCACUACUUUCUCCAGGCUGCUCACCGGUCACGACUGUGAGGCCUUAGAGGCAGAGCUGCAGGGCUUGGCCUCCAGACCCACGCUGCUGUGUCUGCAGCAGUUUGACACGGAGAGCUCGUUCCUCAAGAAAGUCAGAAGCUGCCUCGAGGACACAGCUGGGGACAGAGUUCUCAUCAUCCAGACCGACUUCAGUGACACCACCCAAGGUGGCCAGCUGAUCGCCUCGGCCAAGUAUUCUGCAAUCAAUGAGAUCAACAAAGUACAAGAGUCAGAGGGCCGCAUCUUCGUCUACUUCAUCACAAAGCUAUCCCGGAUGGGAAGUGGGGCAUCCUAUGUGGGUUUCCAUGGAGGGCCGUGGCGAUCCGUGCACAUCGAUGACCUCCAGAGAUGCACGCUCAUGGCCUCCGAUGUGACGAAGCUGCAGAGUUUCACCAUUAGCCAGUUGUUCCGGCCGGGAGUCCCGCCUGCACCCGAGCGGAGAGGGGAAGGUGAGCAGGAGAAUGACAUGGACAUAAACGACACCUCUGGGGAGCUGCCGGAGACAGAAGCGGAGUCGGGGGGUCCGGAGGAGAUGGAGUGGGAGGACUCUGGCCCCGGGGCGGCCGAGGUGCUGGACACCACGCGGCUGCUGAGGAGCUGCGUGCAGGGUGCGGUGGGGCUGCUGCGGGACCAGGGCGGCACGCGCAACAUGCGGCGGGUCUCCAUUCUGCUCAGCCUCCUGGACGAGGACCAAGGCAACGCCGCUUUCCUGUGCGUGUCCAAGAAGCGCCUCCACGUCCUCCUCUGCAAGCAGGAGGAGAAUCUGCUGUGCAGCCUCAAGGCGUGGGUCUCCAGGGAGGCAGCCAACCAGGACGCCCUCCAGGAGGCUGGCACGUUCAGGCAUAGCCUGUGGAAGCGGGUGCAGGGCACGGUCUCCCCGCUCCUGGCCAGCAUGAUAUCGCUCAUGGACCGGGACGGCAACCUGGAGCUGCUGACCAGGCCCGACACGCCAGCCUGGGUGCAGGCCGUGUGGAUGUUCAUCUUUGGCGACGUCAAGUUCCUGGACAUUCCUCUUGUGGCAAAUACCAUGGCAGCCAAAAGUGAGAUGCCGCCCAUCCUGGUGCAGAGUGACAUGAGCCUGCCCGAGCACGAGUCCAACAGCGUCCCGUUCAGCUGGAGGAUCAAGGACUACCUAGAAGAGCUCUGGGUCCAGGCUCAGUAUAUUGGCGACGCCGACGGGCCCUCUAAGAAGUUGGUGGAAAUCUUCCAGAAGACUCCCCUGGGCAGGUUUCUCGCUCAGCUCCCUGAAGAACAGCAACAGGAACUCCUGCAGGACUUCACAAAGGACUUCCUGCUCUUGACCAGAAGGGUGUCUAGCUACCAAGAACUUGAGGUCCUGCAGAUGGCGCUGUGGUCCUGCAUCGGAGAGCUGCAGGCGGUGGUCGGCCAGCCGGAGGCUCCGCUCUCCCUGCCGUGGGUGCAUCUGGCCUAUCAGCGCUUCGGGACCCGGCUGCAGACCUUCAGCCGAAUCCUGGCCAUCUACCCUCAGGUUCUGCAGAGCCUGAUUGGAGCCCCGCAGCAGCACAGGCCCGAAAUGACACUGGACACCUUUGCGGCCAUGGCCUGUGUGGAAAUGCUGACGAGAGACAUCCUGACGCCCAGCCCGCAGGCCUGGCUGCAGCUGGUGAAGAGCCUGUCCAUCCCGCUGGAGCUGGUGUGUUCUGAGGGCUACCUGCAGGAAGGCGGCGGGGCCACCGCCAGGGCUGUCAUCCGGCAGGUCAGAGCCCAGUGGAACCGCAUUUUCUCGGUGGCGCUCUUCGUGGAGCACGUGCUCCUAGAGACCCAGAGCCAGCUUCCCGAGCUCAGCCCGCUGGUGACCGAGCACGUCCUGCUUCUGAACAAGUGUCUGCAGGAGAACUCUGACAUCAAGACGCCCCGGCCUUUUGCGGCUGUGAUGAACUUGCUCUGUGACUGCAAGGACAAAGCCAGCAGUUCCUUAGCUAGGUUCGGCCUGCAGCCGUGCCUCGUCUGCCUGGGAGACGCCCAGGACCCCGUGUGCCUGCCCUGCGACCACGUGUACUGCCUGCCCUGCAUCCAGACUUGCCUCACCCCGGGGCAGAUGCAGUGCCCUUACUGUUUAACCGAGCUGCCAGACGACUUCUCGCCGACGGUUUCCCAGGAACACAGGAAAGCGAUCGAGAAACACGCGCGGUUCCGGCACCUCUGCAACUGCUUCUUCGUGGACCUGGUGUCCACGAUGUGCUUCAAGGACGGCGCUCCCCCGCGGAAGAAGGUGGUGGACAGCCUGCUGUCCUUGCUCUUCGUGCAGAAGAAGCUCCUGCAGGACGUUCCCCAAAGACAGCAGGAACUCACCAAGUGUCUCUCCCCGUUCGAUGACCUGGUGGACAAGACGCCCAUCAUCCGCUCAGUGGUCCUGAAGCUGCUUUUGAAGUACAGCUUCCGUGAAGUAAGAGAUUACGUUCAGAACUACCUGUCCCAGUUAGAGAAGAAGACAUUCCUGAUUGAAGACAAGACGGAACUGUAUUUGCUGUUUAUCAGCUGCCUGGAGGACUCCAUGUACGAGAAGACAGGCGCUUUCUCCGGGAGCAGCGAGCUGAGCCACCUGAGAGAGGAGGGGCGCUUCCUCUCCGCGUAUCUCUCGGGAGGACGGGACUGUGAAGCGGGGUCCGUGGAAUACCUGCAGGAAGUGGCCAGGAUCCGGCUGUGUCUGGACAAGGCCUCCGACUUCCUCUCGGAGCAUCAGGAGGGCUCAGAGCUGGCCGAGGACAAGCAACGCUUCCUGGGCCACGUGCAGCAGUUCUGCACCCGUGCGGGGGGCGGCUGGUACUGCGUGUACCUGGUGCGGAGGCUGUGCAGCCGGCGCGGCAUGAGCUUCCUGCAGGGCCUGGCCCGGCCCGGACACCCCCUCCAGUGGGUGUUCCCCGAAGCUGUGCUCGCCCUGCAGGAGAAUCAGGGCCAGAUAGAUGCGUUCCUGGUUCAUGGGGAGGAGUACAAGGCUGUUCGCGAUGCGGUGGGCAAAGCCAUGGUGCAAUGCGAGACCCCGAACAUUGGAAAGGCGCUCAAGGCCUGCCGGAGCCCCAGGACGCAGCAAGCCGCGUUCUUGCUGUUGGCCCUGUACAGAGAGGUGGCCGUCUUGCACCGCUCCCCGCACGCCAGCCUCCGUCCCAGGCCGGAGCAAUGCGAGGCGAUGAACCAGUUCAUCGAGGAGAGCAAGCUGCUGGCUUCUCAGGACGUCAGGCACUUCGCCACAUCCCUCGUGGACAAUACUCUGCCUUUGCUGACGGCCCAGGGUGACAGCGGCCUUGAGGGGACAGUGAUAGAAUUGGCCAUUCACACUGCCUGUGUCCUCAUGUGUGGACAAAACAAAGUAUUGGAACCGCUGAAGAACCUGGCCUUCUCCCCAGCCCAGAUGACGAGUGCUUUCCUUCCAACCAUGCCUGAAGACCUGCUGGCUCAAGCCCAGGGGUGGCAGGGCCUGGAGGCCCUCCGCUGGUACACUUGUCCCAAUGGCCACCCGUGCUCUGUGGGAGAGUGCGGCCAGCCAAUGGAACAAAGUACCUGCCUUGACUGCGGGGCUCGGAUCGGAGGCAUCAACCACAGGCCAGACCCAGGCUUUCAGAUUAUUCCGAACCGAGUCCCAGACAGGACUCAGACUGGCCACGUGUUGGGCAGCCCACAGCCCACAAAUGUGACCGUGGCAUCUGAUCGCCAGCUGUCGCCCGUGGUCUUCCUCCUCCUCCGGUUACUCACUCAUUUGACGAUGCUUUUGGGAGCUGCUCAGAACCCACAGGCUCUGUCGAGCAUCAUCAAGCCCCCGGUGCGGGACCCCGCAGGCUUCCUGCAGCAGCACAUCCUGAGGGACUUGGAGCGGCUGGCCAAGACGCUGGGCAAGGGCGCCGACGAGACCUCGCACGCCGUGCACGUCCUGCUGCGCAGCCUCCUCAGGGGGCCACACCCCGCCUCUAGCCAGAGGCCAUUAGAUUUUGAUGCACAAUGGUCAACCAGAGGACAGAGGAACAAUUGGGAAAAACACAUUGAAGCUCUUUUUAUACCUGAACUGAAGCAUCUCGACAGAACCCUGCUGGACGUGAAUGCUAUCAUCAGCCAGGACGAGCGGAUCAGCUCUGACCCCGUGGCUAAGAUCAUAUAUGGAGACCCAGCAACCUUCCUGCCGCACUUGCCCCGGAAAAGCGUGGUUCACUGUUCCAAGAUUUGGAGCUGCAGGAAGAGGAUCACCGUGGAGUAUCUACAGCACGUGGUGGAACAGAAAAAUGGCAGAGAGACCGUGCCUCUCCUCUGGCAGUUCCUCCAGAAGGAAGCAGAACUGAGGCUGGUAAAAUUCUUGCCAGAGAUUUUGGCGCUGCAGAGGGAUCUAGUGAAACGCUUCCAGAAUAUUCCAGAGGUGGAAUUCAGUUCCAUCCGAGGCUUUAUUAGCAGUCACAGUUCAGAUGGCCUGCGGCAGCUGCUCCACAACCGGAUCGCCAUCUUCCUGUCCACGUGGAACGCGCUGAGGCGCUCCCUGGAGACCCACGGGGAAAUCAAGCUACCCCAAGACUACUGCUGCUCUGACCUGGAUCUGGACAGCGAUUUCGAGGUCAUCCUGCCACGCCCCCAGGGCCUGGGCCUCUGUUCCACUGCCUUAGUCCGCUACUUGAUCCGCCUCCACAAUGAAAUCAUGGGAAAGUUCAAGGAAGACAACAGCUACUCAGUGGACGCCUCGGAGGUCACCGACCUGCACGUGGUCAGCUAUGACGUGGAGCGGGACCUGAUGCCACUGAUCCUCUCCAACUGCCAAUACCAGGUGCAGCAGGGCGGGGACACCCUGCAGGACUUCGACCUGGAGAAGAUCCAGCGGCAGAUCGGCAGCCGCUUCCUCCAGGGCAAGCCCAGGCUGACGCUCAGGGGAAUCCCCACGCUGGUAUACAGACAUGACUGGAACUAUGAACUUCUCUUCAUGGGCAUCAAGAACAAAAUGAAACAGCACCCCCUCCCCAGCUCGGCCACAAGCACCAUUGGGCAGCUGCAGUCCUACAGCAACGUCUGUGAAGCGCUGUCUGUUGUCGAAGUCACUCUGGGCUUCCUGAGCACAGCUGGAGGAGAUCCCAACAUGCAGCUGGAUGUGUAUGUCCAAGAGGUCCUGCGAAUGAGGGAUCAGAUGACCCCAGUUCUAAAGGCCUCCUUGAGCAAAUGCCAGCUGCAACACACCAUCGCCCUCUGGCAGUUCCUCUCGGCAUAUAAGUCGGAACAGCUCCUGCACCUCAAGAAAGACCCCUUCCGGGACCUCGGUCAGCAGUUCAAAGCAGACCUCAGCCCCGAGGAUGCCAGGCUUCUCCAGGCCUUCCUGAACCGCCCAGGCCUGGAUGCCUUCCUCCUGGAGCUGCACGAGAUGAUGGUGCUGAGACUCAGGAGCCACAGCAGCUUCGAACCCCACUGGAGAAUAAAGGAAACUCUGGUAAAUUACAUGAUUUUUAAAGAGAGUGAACCCCUUCCGGAAGUGGAGUCCCAGUUCCCGGAAGAGAUCCCGAUGUCCAGCUGCAUCUCAGUGUGGAAAGCAGCCGCCACCCGGAAACAGGAGCGGCAGAGACAGUAGGAUGGCUCCCGCUCCCUUCCCAUCAGCCUGGAUCCCACAAGGACUGUGACUGUGAGCGCCCGGGCGCGGUGCAGGCGCAGCUCUGGUCCAGGCGGCGCGCGCAUGCAAGCGGACAACAUGCAUGUUCUAAAACUGUUCAGUGGGUACUGUCCAUUAGGAGGUGAGAGGAAGACCAACAGUAGAAAGCAGCUGCAUCCUGUGCAUUCCGGGAGGCAAAAGCCGUGGUGCAGAGGUCUCAAGCCUGCCAGCAUCCUACCUCGUGACCAUUAGGAACGUCUUCCUCACAUCACUACUUGGAGGAAAAAGAAAGCACAGGCUACUCAUUUCUCUUCUACCGUUUGAGCAUAUGUGCCACACACACACGCACAUACACAUACAAAGUCUACUUCUCAGUUCUUUAGCUUCUGAGUAUUGUCCAUAUUUCUUGGUUUCCAAGAAACUGAAAAUGUGCCCCAUGCCUUCCACCUUCUCACUAACCCAAGGAGAGCCAGGUGUCUAUAACACGCCUUAAAGCCUCAUGAACAAGAGCUGAGCCAGCCCACAAUAAACCACUGCCAAACUCCUCAGGGUCAGAGCCAGAUAUUAGGAGGAGCCUGGGAUAUUUUCAGAGUCUUAGUUUCCCUUGGAUAAAAUGUACAGGGUAUACUGGCAGCCAAAGCUCCUUCCAAUUCUCAGGUCUUCAGAUUCUAAAGGAAAGUUUAUUGAUACAAACUUGGAUCAAAGGUGCAUUUUGGGCAAUGCUUUGGAGUUUUCUGAUUGUCUAGCAUUUGCCCGAUAAAUACACAGUCUUGGUUAUGUCUCAACAUCCCAAUAUAUAACUAUCUGGUCUUUUAUUUGAAUCAGAACCAAAGAUGAGACUCAGUACAAAAUCAUUCACACUUCUGAGGAAAAACAGCUCACCUUUUCUCAUAACCACUGUCUCUUGUCAAGUUAAUAUGAUAUCUUUGAUGUGUCUGGACAAACUCCCCUGCCUGGCGGCCUAGCCCUUGUUCACAGUGAGAUCAGGACAGCCAAUGUAGCUAGAGGUGACACAUACGCCCUCACAUGAAUUUGAAAUGAGUUAGGGACUUACCCACUCUUAGGCCCAUCUACUCCUGAGCUACAAUACUAACUGGUAGCCAGGAUCCCGGCCCUGGACACAGCACCCAGGAGUGAUCUGUGCUGACACCCACUGUGUGUCUCGUGGGAGUGCAGUGAGGGGACCUGGAGAAGUGACAUGUUCACAUCUAGUGAUCCACGACAAUCCUCCUUGACCAUGCCAGACCACGCCCUCCCACACCUCUGCCUUCUGAAUGGACAUCAGCUACCUUUGGGCAGCGCUGCAGCUUGCCCUGCCAGGUAGCAGCUCAAACUUAGCUUCUCACUGGAAUACACCUUAGCAGGUGGGAAUUGGGUGUCAAAUCUCCUUAGAAUUUGUUUUUCCUCCUUGGGCCUAAGAAUUUUUUCCACUGUUAUGAUUUUUUUUAAGAUGUCUCAUUUUAUGUGUUUUGUUUCAAAGCCUUAACUUUGAUAUCUAGCAUAAUUAUCCUUGUCAUAUUUAAUAAACUUGAAUUUUGCCGAAAAGGAA